GUGACUGGUAUCGGCACUGCAUCAGAUAUGAGGCUCUUUAAUUUAAAUGAUUAGAUGUGAAAAUUUUUUUAAGCUUUCCUCAAAGGAAUUUUCAAUUGUUUAAAAAUGGAAGCAAAUUUUACGAAUAAACGUGCUUUAGUGACUGGUGCCGGACGAGGAAUUGGACGAUCAAUUGCUAUUGAACUAGCUAAAAGAGGAGCGAAAGUUGUUGCUCUUAGCAGGACUAAAGAACAUUUGGAUACACUGAAAAAAGAGGUACCUGAUAUUGAGAUUGUGAGCAUUGACAUUGGCAAGUGGAAAGAAACUGAAAGUCUCGUAAAAUCUUUAGGAAGGUUUGACCUCUUAGUUAAUAAUGCUGCUAUUGCUGACUUACAAGAAGUAGGAUCUAUUACUGAAGAAGAAGUAGAUAAAAUAUUUGCUGUCAAUUUCAAGGCUGCAGUUAAUAUUUCGCAAAUAGUUGCAGAUGGAAUGAAAUGCUCUGGAAAAGGUGGUUCAAUAGUCAAUCUUUCUAGUCAAGCUGCUCUGAUAGCUUUGCAUAAACAUGCAAUGUAUUGCGCAUCUAAAGCUGCUUUGGAUCAUUUUUCUAAAGUUAUGGCCUUGGAACUGGGGCCACACCAAAUUCGUGUAAAUUCUGUCAAUCCAACUGUUGUAUCAACUGAAAUGGCAGUAGAAGCUUGGGGAGACCCUGAUGUUGCUGCAGCUAUGAAAGCGAAAAUUCCUCUCAGAAGAUUUUGUGAAAUUGAUGAUGUUGUCAAAACAGUUAUCUUUUUAUUAAGUGACCAAUCUGCAAUGAUCACUGGCGCACAGAUUCCUAUUGAUGGUGGUUAUAUUAUUCAUUGAAAUGAAAUUUCAAAAAAAAAAUGUACUGCCUUGAAUUUUUUCUUUUUUUCCUCGAAAUGUUUUUUAAAAUUUUGAAUUGUUUAUGAAAUCAUUAAAUAUUUUUAUA